AAACAGGCUAAUAUAUAUAUUUGCUUACAUAUUUGUUUUUAUUUACUGUAACGUCGCGCCGCCAUCUUGUCACGGAAACAAAGCCAAUCGGCCUUGUUUUGCGUCUUCUUUUGUAAAUAAGAUUAGCCCAUGUGUUUGGGUGGUACAGAUACACGUCCAUGCGUUGUAGCCGGGUGGUAUCACAAAGAAAUUGCAGUAAUUGUUCCCACUCAACUUUUAAUGGUUGGUGUUCAUUGGUAUUUUUUCGAGGGGGCCACUGGCACAAUGAUGAAACAACUGACCGGUAAAGUCUUACAGAGUGAGCUUGCGCAUUGGCCACUGGAGCUCUACCGCCAUGGCGAACGUGUUACGUCACGACCCGAGAGCGCGGAUGUGUGUGUGUGUAUGUGUGUGUGUGUGUGUGUGGGUGUAUGUGUGUGGAGGGUGAGAGAGGGACAGAGAGGAGAGUGUGUGUCUGUGGCUCACAGAGGGUGAGAAUGGAAACGUGAUCGAAAAGGUAGAAGAAGUGAAGGAAAUAAACAGGAAGAAAGAGAAAGUCUCACGCCUUUGCUCUCGGCUCAGGAAUUACACGUCCGAAAAGGGGGGUUUCGCGCAAAACUUGCAGAGAGUUGUCCUCACCGGCGCGCGGACUGAGCUGGAGGUGGGAACAAGCGAGAGAGGAGGAAAAAAAAAAAUCUCCGGGAUGGUGGACUCCCGCUUCGCUCGCGCUGGCGGCCCGGGAAUCACGCGCCAUUGAAGGGGGGGUGUUAUUGUGCAUGCGCUUUGGCUCCACUGCAUGCACUCUCGGGUCGGUCGAUGCGAGCACAGUGGCGUGGCUCUCGGCCUCCAUUUGCCAGUUUGUGUUUAUGUUCGAGGGAUUCGGCGAGGCCCUUCCAGCGACGACGACGACGACGGUGGCGUGCAACAGUUGGAGUUUCGCCGCGGACGUUCUUGUCACGUCGCUUCCGUUGGCCACGAGGCGUCGAACCGAGCGUCGAAAGGUUUUGAAUGCAAUGCCAUGAUCAGAGCCGUUGGUGAUGUCAACGUCAGAUUCUAAACUCGCAUCCAUGGAGGACAACCGGGCGGCGGAGGGUGAGGAGGGGACCUUGCUCAAUGUCCCAUCCUCAACCCCUCCCGUCUCCAUCCCUUCUUUAACGUCACAAUUUCCAACCACGACAAGACCCGAUUUCACUGGUGAGACAGUGACUGAGAGUAAAGCUGCGUCCAUGGCCAGCAAUGAUUGUAGUGCCGCUCUCUCUUCACCUGCUGAAGCUAGCCCAGCCAAGCCUGCUGUAACGUCAACGUCUACCUUAGAAGGGACUAUUGAAACAAGCCCAGCUACCUCACAUAUAGCAUCUGCAUCAGACUCCCUUACAUGCACAGGGACGACCCUUGUUAACACGAUGGAAUCGCCGCCCAUGUUGUCAUCUACCACCUUUGGAGGUCCAAACUCGGAAAAUAACUUUCCUGCUCUGCUGACCUUCAAAGGCGUCACGGUCACUUUGGAGAAUAACAGCGUGUGGAAGCAGUUCUACAGCUGUGGAACGGAGAUGAUUCUCACUAAACCAGGGCGUCGAAUGUUCCCAUACUGCCGAUAUCGCCUGUCUGGCCUAGAUCCCGAACGGCUGUACAGUCUGGUCCUGUCCAUAGUUCCAUCAGGUCAGUACAGGUACCGCUGGAGCACGUCCAAAUGGGAGGUCAAUGGACCGGCAGAACACCAAGCCCAAGGCCUUAUCCGAGCAUUUUCUCACCAUUACUCACCCUGUAAAGGCUCAGAGUGGAUGAGUAGCCUGGUGUCUUUCUACAAACUCAAACUGACCAAUAACUCCCAAGACCAGGACGGUCAUAUAAUUUUACACUCCAUGCAUCGUUACAUUCCUAGGCUACACGUGAUACCCGUUCCAGAUGGGGUCGUACCCACAUCUGACAAGCCCGUCGUUAUGGGACCAGAGAGCAUAACCUUUACCUUUCCACAAACUGAAUUCAUGGCUGUGACGACAUAUCAGAAUUUUCAGAUCACCCAACUGAAAAUCAAUCACAACCCGUUCGCAAAGGGUUUUAGGGAAGAUGGAAACAAUCCACGUCUAAACAGAAUUGCUACAGCGGCUAAACCUGCGGUGACGACGGACACCGAGCCGCAAGUUUUAAAACCUGAACCUGGGGGAAACAAGGAGGUUGUGAUGGAGCCAAGCGCAAAGAAUCACAUUGUCCCUGCCUCUCUGUCAAAUGUGCAAGAAACCAGAUUGGUGCUGAAGCCCAUAAUGUCCAACCCUGCUAGUAAAGACGACUCAUACGUCCCCUGUAUAAGAGGCAAACAUGCACUUGGUGAGCUUGUGCUCGUCCAAACACGUCCACUUAUUGAACCCAAGGAAGAGAGCGACCUCAUCAGUGUCACCCCUGAUGCGCAGCAAGGCUCAAAAGUACAGACGCCAAAAAGAAAGUCCAUGAGCCCGGCUUCCGCAAAGUCUACCCCAGGAUUGUCGCCUCACAAGAAGAGGAAGAGGGUGAACAGACGUUGGGCAAAUUCCCGGGGAAAAGACUGGAAGGCUGUGGACACCUCCCCCGCAGUAGUCCACAGCCCAUCAUUGACUGUCGCUAUGCAACCAGAGCUGGAUGAUGUAGAAGGCCUGCUGUUUGUGUCAUUUACCUCAAAGGAAGCUCUUGAGGUUCAUGUCAGGGACAAGCCAGUCACUACCUCAUCAGCAGCAUCUCCGGUUUCAGCAACAACGCCAAUCCAGUCAAAGCAACCAGUGGAGGUGAAUCCAGACUCUGUUGAGGAGAAGAUCGCUCGCUUGGAGGCUGUCCUGCUGAAUGACCUCAGAGUUCUCAAACACAGACAAGUCAUCCAUCCUGUGCUGCAGGCGGUGGGCUUGAAGUUGAUCUCGCUGGACCUCAGUAAGUCCAUAGACCUGAAGUAUCUGGGGGUUUGUCUGCCACUACCUCCUCCUAAGCUUGACCAAAGCAAAACCACAGCUCUGUCUGUACCUGAUGAGGGACUACCCUUCAUCUCCCGAACAGGAAAGACAAGUGAUAUGACAAAAAUAAAGGGAUGGAAAAACAAGUUCAUAAGAAGCAAAGAAACAUCUCCUUCUAACUGUGACGGAUUACAAAAGAACCUAUCUGCCUUCUGCAGCAACAUGUUGGAUGAGUACUUGGAAAAUGAGGCUCAACAAAUCAGCGAGCGCGCUGCCGCCUUCUCCACGUGUCCAGAGGAUUCGGUGGCCUAUCAGUUGCCGGCUAAAAGUUCCAGUUACGUAAAAACACUGGACAGUGUGCUCAAGCAUCGAACCGCUGCUUCAAAAUUUCCUGUGGGGGUCAACAGGCCGUGCCCCCUGUCCCACAAACCCCUUCUCUACUCUGCCCUGACGUCACCGCCUCCUCCACUAGCCAGCGCUGCAACUCCCGGUCAGUCAGAAGCUCCAUCCAGACACCAGUCUGCAUCCUUGCAUACACGACCAGAUGCUACUUCUCACUCUAGUUACUCUGGUGAUGUUUCGCAGAGAUCAUGUACAAGCCAGCCAGGAGUCAGUCAGAGACCAGCAGGAAGCUUUGGUCACAGCCAUGGGACGACUCUCAAACCCUCAGUCCUCACCAAACUCCAACUUCGCAUGUUGAGGAUGGAGUCAGAAGCCCUGAGCCAGGGUCUGACCAGAACGCACCUCACUCCCAACAGGCUGUCAGUGGCUCUGUCUGUUAUGCUGACAAAAGAGACGCUGGCCCGUCAGGUCUUGAAAGUAGCACCGGCCCCAAAUAUUACAACGGCUGGAUCUGAAUGUGGCCAAGAGUUCUGCAGACUGGGUUGUGUGUGUUCCAGUUUACAACAGCUGAGCAGAGGGCCCCUCCACUGUAGGCGGCCCGAAUGUAUGUUUGGCUGUGCCUGCUUCAAACGCAAGAUCACCAAGCAACCGAGCAUCGAGGAGUGUGACCAGCAGACCCAUCCUGUUUACUUUAUGACUAGUAUGGAGAAUGUGGUCCAGCCUCGCCCAGGCUCUCAUGCUAAUAAACUGUGGGAGCCCAACAUUCAUGAUGUGGAUUCAGAGCCGCUUUUUGCUCCCAAAAGCGCUCGUCCCUGUGUGGUCUCACCAAAGGCCCAAAAACGCUAUGGUGUACAAACGAUACGCGAAGAGGAUAAGGAUCCUGUGUACAAAUAUUUUGAGAGCAUGAUGACUUGUGCUCGUGUAAGAGGGUUCAAUAGCAAGCCUCCUCCUGAAGUCACAAUAGAGCUUAAGAAACUCGCUUCUGCUGCACCAAGAACCACAACAACACCGCGGACGACCUCUAACCUGGUGAAAAACACCUACAGCACCACACUGACUGUUAAGAAACCAGCAAAUAUGACAUCUCAGGAAAACACAUCUAUUGAAGCACAAGCAAGGAAGCAAGUACAGAUCCAGUCCGAGUGUCAGUGGAUGAAGGACCGCACAAUGAUCCUGAAAGCUUUAUGUCAGCGCAUGAAUGACAAUAGGCUAUCACGCCGUUUCUACAUGGGACCAUACUGCAUCAACCCAGUGGACAAGAUCUUUAUGCAGAAACCCAGUGGCUCCAUUGUCACUUACAGGGUACUCAUUACUAAGCCAUCAAAAGCCAGUGAUUGUGAUGAGGAUGAGCUUGAUGACUGUGAGGAUGAUGAGCACGGCAAUAAAACCUUUGAUGGGUACUCUGAUGCAGAGGAGGAUGAUGAACCAGAGAUGAAGCUUGGAGUAACACCCUUCCUGAGUGGAUUGAUACCUGCUGGCAAACUAGAAGCCAGGACAAAACCUGUUGGCUGCCAAGCAGCUGGACUUAUACAGGUAAAUGGAAAAUCUUACAAUCAAGCCCGACUGCUGGUUGGAAACAUGGGAUCUCUGCAUCCAGCCAACCGCCUCGCAGCCUAUGUUACAGGCCGACUAAAAGUUGAUAUCAAAAAAUCUACAAUCAAAAACAACCCUUCCAGGGCUCCCCAGAUAAAAAUUCCAGGAACUGUAUUAUCUUCAAAUUUUACAGCUAUGAAACCACCAACACAGCAACCAGGUCAAUUUUUCCAGCCAGAACGUUGGAGAAAGCGAUCCAUCAGUUUGCCACAUCAUUCACAAAAUUCCUCCACCAUCAACUCCAGUCCACUCCAGUCAUUGUUCUUAAACCAUCUCAGCUCAUCAAGCUCUUUCCAGACCAGCUCCACAAACUCGCCUGUCUCUCUCACUGUCUCGCCGUCACUGAAGAGCCCCAGCUUUUUGGGUCACAGUGGAACUUAUUCAUUCAGGAUCUGCCCUCCGUCCAAUCAGGGAGAUAGAGACCAGAAGCAACCUGGUGUUACCCUGCCCGGGGGCUUCACCCUCAUUCAACUCCCAAAGCCUGGAGCUGAUGGAGCUGCACAACAGUCCGAACCUCCGAACACCACGAACAAACAAAAAGAGGGUCUGGUCAGCUUUAGUCAGUUAGCAGCUCAGUGGUUUGGUUUGGACGCCCUUAACAAACUUAAGAGCAAGUCAGUAGAGCCUGGUUCCUCCCGUGAGUUGAUUUGUGUGGAGAAGAUGCAAUCACAUGAGAACUUCGACACUGCUUCAGAUGACUUGGGCUUCGACUCGUCAGACUACAGUUCUGAUGAUGACUCAGAUGAUGAUCCAGUGGACAUUGAGACUGUAGAAGAAGUAAACCAAGGAAUAACCAUUACUAAAGUGAAGGAAGCUAUUCACAAGGCAUUACGGACAUCACGAGAAUCCGGUGGUAAUCUUGGAUCAUUUAGGGAGACCAGUGUCCUGAAAGACGAACAGGAUGAUUUGAAAAACAACAAGAGGCGCAAGAACCACACUGCACUAGAAAGGCAGAGACGCAGUGAACAGAAACUUCUCUUCGACAGGCUCCAGACUAUUCUUCAGUGCGACUCCAGAACCCCAAGAUCCCACCUCCUUUCAUUGGCAAUAAAAGAAAUCCAUUUGCUGGUGAAGAAAUCUAAAAGUCUAGAGGAGAGGAAGAAGAUGCUGACAAAGAUGCAGUCUACCUAUGUGCAGAAGCUUUCCCGUUUGUCUGGGAAGUCAGAGGAGCUGAUUACACUCAAGCUGAAGGAGAUCUGCGACAGAGACAAAAGGAGAGAGAAGACGAUGAAAUGGAGGCCUGUCUUUUCUCAGCUACUACAGUCAAAAGCUGCUCUUCUGCAAGCUAUUGCUCCCGAGCCUAAGCCCCAGCCUCCACCCCAGCCACAGUCUAACAGUCUGACUCCAGUUCAGGCUAAGCCACCCGUGACUCUAUCCAAAAACAAUGUACACAGCUUUCUAUCCCUGCUUCAGGCGAGGCUACAAAAGACUGCGGCCCAGUCCCGUGUAAACACACCCGUACCCGCGCCACAUUCUCAGCCUCAAGCAGCAUCUUCUGAGGCAGCUCCCUCCUCCUCAACAGUUCAACAAGUGGUGUCCCUCCAUGUCAGUCAGCGUCCAUCAAAGUUAGAAGGCCUUAAGGAAGCAGCACGUGGGGAUGUGGCCACUGGAGCUCAGGAUGGAGCUUCCCCAUCCACCAACUGUAACAACCCUGAAGCUCGACCUCCAAUCCCCUUAACUAUUCCUAUUGUUCGAUCCAAGACUGGCAGAAUCAUACUUCCCUCAUCUCUGAAACCAAUUGGUCAAGGUUUCUACAGACUCAUGGUCAUGAAACCAAAGGAGAAGGGAGAGGAUGAUGAGGCCAGCCCUUCCGUUGACCCACUGAAAAACCAAGAGAAAAUCUUCCCUGCAUCUUACAAGCCUUUAGAGGACAAAUCUGCAUGUUCAGGUGCAGAAAGCCUGGCUAAGCUUGCCUUAAUAAACAAAUCAAUCUCGGUGCCUUUGGUGGAUCUGAAAACUAAGGAGAAAAGCCAAGAGCAGGUUUCAGCGGUGAGUCUGAACACCAGUCUGCCCCCUUCCCCUUUGACUUGUAACAGUGUGCAGACUCCUGCCGUUGUCGAGCCCGAGCCUGAUCCCAAGCCCGACCCCAGUCCCCCUGUUGCCCGCCGUCAAAUGGGCAGGCCUCGAAAAAACCCUGUUCCUUCUGUUAGCAAAAAUGAAAAGCCGACUGUAGAAGAAGAGGCCAGAAAAACUGAGAAAAGUGAAGUAUCUGCGCUUGUUGAAGAGAGACGAGGAGGAAAAAUCAGGGCGAAGAGAAAAGCGGCUGACACCAGCAAAGUAGCAGAUAGCCCCGCGCAAGACAAACCUCAGAGAGGAUGUAGGAAAAACUCGGUACGGCUUCAGAGAAUCCCGGUUACACGAGCAGCAAAAAGCACAUCAAUAUCCAGCGAGGACAGCCCUGUAAAACGACGUUCAAGUGGUUUUAAAAGCCCUGAUGCAUCAACCACUUUCAGCUCAUCCCGGCCAUUAACGCGUGGUGCUUUAGGAAAGGACUUCCCCAGUGCAAAGAAACGGUCGUGGAUAGACGUCGAAAAGGAACUGGAACCUGACGUUGAAUACGAAUAGUCCCCAUUUCUUCCCGUGGCUAUAGAAGCUAGUGCACACAGUCAUUUGAGCUCAGUUAGUCUGACACUGAAACCUCAUACCUCUAUGAGGCAGCAGCAUCCGUUCUAGCGUUCUCCUCUAAGUCUACUUGGAGGAACUCCUCUGCUCUGCUCUCUGCUUAGUGGUGGAAACUCAAAGUCACGCAGGUCAUUGAAAGCUUCACCAAACGUGCCUGUCUGAAAAGCCAAAGGACCCAGGAGGCAGUAAAGUACUUAAUGCUGCUCUUUUCUGAAUAUGCUAGCACAAAACUCAGCGGACUGAUUUCAUCAUGGAGAUGGGUUAUUUUCUGCUAUAGAGAACACAAAAUAGCAUUAAGUGACCUGUUGAACGUGUGAUUGAAAUUGGUGGUAAAUCCCAUUAUCACUUUUGAUAUCGAUGAUUUCUAAAAAUUAAUUUCCUUCAUGGAUUUUUUUUUUUUUUGCUUGUAACAAACAAGAUACUGAGAUUUCAAAUGAUGUUUUAGUUAAAUUCAUUGAUCACUGAUCCGUCUUAUGCAAGAGAGAACUGCUCAGAUCCUGCGUUUUGGAGCAUUAACUCAUAAGUAUUAACAUAUCUCAUUUUUACUGAGAGUUAGAUUUGUGUAUACUAUCAUUUGGAAGUCUUUGUAUUUUGUUACUAACAGUGAAGAUAAUCUGUAGUUGCACUUUAUAUUUUUGUUAGAAACCUCCAAUGAUGUCAUAUACUUGCUCUAGGUGGAUAUUAUUGAUCUGCGUUUGGAGAUGUUAGUUGAACAAUAGCAAUAUGCCUAUAAACUUUGUGUGUCACAAGCAAUCAAUAUAAAUAUUAGCCAUUUAUUGUAACUAUGAAAAUAAUCUCUGUGAUUCUUGAAACACUGGUUGUCUUAUUACUGGAGUCGAAUGUAUGAAAGCUUAUAUAUAAAUUACACUUACGUUUAGAAUGACACAACAGUUGCUCUGAAAUUAAAAUGUUUUAGUUUUGACACACAAUGUGACUGUUUUUGUGUAAAUGUUAAUAAACGCACCUGUUUUGAAACUGAA